UUAAAGCGGCACCACGUAAUCCUACCAACACCCUCCCUAGCUUUAAAUCCGCUCGUCCGGUGCAGUUGUGUAGACGCACAGCCUCCUCCUCCUCCUCCUCCGUGGCUCGUGUUCCUCGGUAACAUGGUGUGCAGCGCGCGGCAGCAGUAGACGUAUCGCUGGACCGUAAGAGAAGGCGCUCGCACUGCUUGUCCUGCUCUCCUUCCACAACAAAUCAACGCAACGAGGGAAACUUUGCGUUUCUUGGACACGGUCUUACCUCAUUGGCCCUCAUUGGUCUGACCUGGGGCCUCGGCGUUGUCACUGCGCACACAGAGACAUAUCAUCAUGGGAAAACAGAACAGCAAACUCAGGCCCGAGAUGCUACAGGACCUGAGGGAGAACACAGAGUUCACUGACCACGAGCUGCAGGAGUGGUACAAGGGGUUUCUGAAAGACUGCCCCACUGGGCAUUUGAACGUUGAGGAAUUUAAGAAGAUCUAUGCCAACUUCUUCCCAUACGGUGAUGCCUCUAAGUUUGCUGAACACGUCUUUCGUACGUUUGACACGAACAACGAUGGGACCAUUGAUUUCCGGGAGUUCAUUAUUGCUCUGAGUGUGACAUCGCGGGGAAAACUGGAGCAGAAGCUGAAGUGGGCCUUCAGCAUGUACGAUCUGGAUGGCAACGGUUACAUCAGCCGUGAGGAAAUGUUAGAGAUUGUGCAGGCCAUUUAUAAGAUGGUGUCAUCGGUGAUGAAAAUGCCUGAGGAUGAAUCCACACCAGAGAAGAGGACAGAUAAGAUAUUCAGACAAAUGGACCUGAACAAUGAUGGCAAGCUGUCUUUGGAAGAGUUCAUAAAAGGUGCCAAAAGUGAUCCCUCCAUUGUGCGGCUACUACAGUGUGACCCCAGCAGUGCUUCACAGUUUUGAGUCGCUCCAGACAACCGGCACUCAAUGCAUGAAAGCUCUUAUAUCUCAUUCAUUUUUGUGUUCCAGACAGAAGAGUUUUAAGAAAAAAAGUGCAACAAUUCUGCUUUCAGUUUUUCCCAGAAUGGACAUGUGUACAUCUGAAGCACAAAGACAACACCUGCCGGGACAUUCUCUGUCUGGUGCGUGGCAUCCGUCCUUGUCUCUGCAGAAGCUGAUGGAGUACUCGACUCAAAAAAAAUAUAUAUAAAAAAGCGGCCGAUAGUGUUCCAGGGUCCAGAUUUUGGAAAAGAAUGUUCCUUUUUAGGAAUCAUGCAUGCGCUUUUGAACUUCACCACCCUUCUUGUGUUUAAUAUCUGUGCUGUUUUGUUUCUCUUCCUCUUUGUUUUGUGAGGGCACAGUUCCCCAUCUACUUUUUAUAUUGAUAUGUAUGUGUAUAUACAGUAUAAAUGCAUUGAGAAACAUGAUAGGACUACAAAGGAAGGAAGUAAUAGACAUCACAUGCGUCUUAUGGCAGUAUUAUGUAGCUUUGGGCAGUAUCCACUAUCCAGAUUUUAGCCUCCAAUUGACCCAGUGGACAGAUGGACUGAAUGUUGGGAUUUUUCUGCUCUGGCAGCAGAGAAGGCUGAGGAUCCCAUUCUAGAAUUUUGUUCAUUUCAUUUUUGUUGUAAAUAUGUGGUUUGCUUUCAUUAUUUCGUUAUUUAUUUUUUUGCAUUUUUAUGGCGUUUAUUUUAACCGGGGAUAUUUUAUUACUGUCAAAACUAGACGUGAGACACUUGAUGUAUUAUGCCGUUUGGAGUUAGUUGUUAGUCAUUCGAGGCUUUUCAGUGCAUUGUGGGACAUUUUUGCAUCAGGGAACACAUUCCGUUGAAUGGAAGACACUGGUAGCACAUAUCAUUUGAAGCGCUUCAUCUGUGUGCGUGCGGUUAUGCGCGUUUGUAUGUACGCAAGAAUGACGGUUUGCAUGUUUUGGUGUAUGUAUGCGUCUGUGCUAACUUUAUAGUCAUAUUGUGUAGUUAAUACAAUAUCUUUGUAUGCAAGCAAGUUUUUGAACCCUGAUUUGAAGCAGCAAAUUCGUGACACCUUGAUCCGGUAAUCCUUGAAUGGUACUCAAAAUCACAACCUUAGGUUUCCAUCAACAUCAUAGACAGGAAUGUACAAAGUUAUAAUUUAUAAUCAUUUCUCACCUUUAGAUAAAAAGUUUGAAUCCUUAAAGCGAUCACUAAGGGCUUAUUUCCACUCUUGAAUCAACAGGUGUGAAGAGAACGCCACUGCUUUGGUUUUUCUUUUCGUUUUAUGCAGCGACUGAGAUUCCAUGACCUGAAUUCUCCAGGUGGUCCUGCUUUUGUAGCAUGCAGCAUUCGUUUGUGAACUCCAUAUAUGCCCACUCUCAAUACAUGUGUAGCUGUCUCACUUUUCUGGCAUCUAUGUUGCUUCCAUAUUUGUACUGAGACCAUAUUUGAUGCUGCACCCUCUAUGGCAACUUUCCUCUAUUAUGUUGCAUGGAAACCUCAUGCGAGGACAUAAUGAUUGUCCCCUUUUACUGACGUUGAAAAAUAUACAUAUGUGUUUA